AUGGCGUCCCACCAACCCACCUCAGGGACUUCCAAGGUGAUCGAAAACCUCCAGACCACGAUCGACUCGCUCAAGUCGGAGCUCAACGAAACAAAGGCCACGCUGUCGGAAACAAAGCAGAAGUACGCCAUCCUCUCGAAACGGAACGAGAGCAUGGUCGAGCAGCUCUCCAACGUCAAGCACCAGGCAGAGGUCGCCGAGUCCUUGCUCAAGAGAAAGGAACGAAGAGUGCUCGACCUCGAGUCCCAGAUCACAGAGGUCGCCUCCAGCUCAGACUCGUACAGGUUCCAGUGUGAGACCUUGAAAAACAAGAUGCAGAACAUGGAGUCCGAUAAAUCCAGGCUCCAGGCCGAAAACGAGAGACUGUCCAAGUCCUACGACAUCCUACAGUCCUCAUUCAACGACUACAAGCUCUCCAUCAGCCACUCCGUCAGCAGCUUAAAAUGCCAAAUCCCAACCUUCAUAGACUCCACAAAGAACAGGCUAGCGGAAAACCUCAGCCAGCUGCACUCCUCGCAGCCACAGAUAGAUUCCUCCUACAAUAUGAUGCUGAAAAAUUCGAAAAGGUUGGAAGAGCUCUACAGCCAGAAAUACGACAAAGUCAAUAACUACCUUAUCCUCUUGGCCGAGUCCACCAAGCAGCACGGCCAGUCCACCUCCAUCAUCAUGGAAGAGUGCGAAGACAUCUUGAAAAAGCUCAAUAGAAACGAAGACGUUCUUUUGAAAAUCAAAAAUGAAACAACAGGAAACCUCACAGACCUCGAUAAAAUGAGAGAGUUUAACAAAAGAAGAGACUUCUCCAUCUUGAAUGAUUCCUCCAACAUCCACAACUCUCAAUCGGCCGCAUCCUCGACUAUCUCCUCCCCAUCGCUGAACUCCCCCUCCACAUCUGCAUCUCCUUCCUUUGCUGCCGGCACAUCCACAAAGGCCAAGAACUCACUUUCUUCGUCGCUCUCCAACGGUGCUGCAAAGUUCUCAGAAAAGAGAAGGAUAUCUCCGGGCAUUCUAGACUCCAAGUUCAACCCGCUGAACAAUACUAGCAGAGGCUCCUCUCCAGAAGUAAAUGAGAACGACUCUCCAAGAGAGAGAUCCAAUAACAACAACAAUACAGUCAACCGUGAUAGGAAACGUCAUAGUCUCAGCAACAUACCGAAGAAGGACCAAAGGAGAAGAAGCUCUUACAGGCAGUCGAUGAAUCUUGAUGACCAUGCCAACUUCAAUAGCGAUCAGCAGGACGAUCAAAGUCAUAUUGACAGAAGGAAACGAGUCAUCAGUUCAAAUAGCCCAGGACCUUACUCACCUUCCUCGUCUAAUUCCUCCACUCUCGGCAGGUCGAACAGUACAAGGAGAAACAAUAAUAGACCCAACAACAGAGUAUCUUCGACAAGCUCGAAUCCCGGCAAUAAUAAUAACCACAGAAGGUCUUGGCAGCCUCAUGAUAUAAAUGAUUAA